UCGACUCAUUCGCGAACGGCUGAUGUCGCACUCUCAAGACGGACAGGGGAAUUAUCUGAAGCGACUUCGUUAUCAAAGCUUGUUGGCAACCAACCUAUAUCUGAAGUAAUAUGUAACAAUUGCUUGCUAAUGUGUAGAUAGUCGUUUGUGAUUAAUUUCUGAAGCAGAAAUGCUAGUGUGCGUUUCUCGGGUGCACUUUCCUAUCUAACUAAACGUUAGUUACAGCUGAGUUGUUAGCUAGUGCUGGGCUUGUGUAGUGUUAGCGAGCUAGGAAGGUGUUUCAGGCACUUUUGAGACGGCUGUUUGAAAUCAUGCAAAGCGAUGUGUACGUGUAGAGCCAAAGAAGUCUACGUGCAUCGAGUGACAUCGUGUUGUAGCCAGAUUUACCCAUGUGUCCUCAGCAUAUGAGUUAACUCUGUAAUAUGAGUUGUUUGGAUGAACUGUUAGUCACUUGUAUCUGUAGCUAGCUAAGAGUAGCGACACUCCAGCUAACCAAAGCUGCUCUCAGCGCCGCGGGUUUGUUUUGAAACUACUGCAGGGCAAGAGUCCGUCAAGGACUAAAACAAUGGAAACCACCAGCGCAAAAAACAUUUAUGCAAGUCGCAGACGGAGGAAACCCGUCCUGAAAAGUGUGAAGGAGUCUCCAGUGGAACCCGCAAAGUCAAAUCCCUCUAAAAGGCACCGUGAUCGACUGAAUGGAGAACUGGACCGGCUGGCCAGCCUGCUGCCUUUUCAUCAGGACAUUGUUGCUAAACUGGACAAAUUAACCGUUCUCAGGCUGAGCGUUGGCUGUCUGAGAGCCAAGAGUCACUUCAAUACUGUCCUGAAAACCAGCAGCUCUAAUCAGUCAGCAAACAACGGCGCAAAAGCACAUGUUCAGGAGUUGCCAGAAGGUGAACUACUGUUACAGGUCAUCAAUGGAUUUUUAUUGGUGGUCACCUGUAAUGGUACAGUUUUUUAUGUCUCUUCAACUGUUCAGGACUAUCUCGGGUUCCAUCAGUCAGAUAUCAUCCAUCAGAGUGUUUAUGAGCUUAUUCACACAGAAGACAGGGCUGAGUUUCACCGGCAACUCCAUUGGGCGCUCAACCCCAGUAACUCUCCAGACACUGGGCAACUAGUAGAAGCUACUCAAGAUGCACAGUUACCACAUACAUAUUACAACCCCGAGCAGUUACCACCAGAGAACUCUGCCUUUCUGGAACGAAAUUUUGUGUGCAGGUUACGAUGUCUACUGAAUAACUCCUCUGGCUUUCUGGCCAUGAACUUUCAGGGCCGUUUAAAGUUCUUGCAUGGACAGAAUGAAAAGUCUCCAGAAGGCAAACCCAUUCCACCUCAGCUGGCCUUAUUUGCCCUGGCCUGUCCACUCCAGCCGCCCUCCAUUCUGGAGAUCCGUGCCAAAAACUUUUUCUUCAGGACCAAACACAAACUGGACUUUACCCCAACUGCAUGCGAUGCCAAAGGGAAGAUUGUGCUGGGCUAUACAGAGGCAGAGCUGUGCUACCGUGGCUCGGGCUACCAGUUUAUUCAUGCCGCAGACAUGCUACACUGUGCUGAGAACCACAUGCGCAUGAUAAAGACAGGUGAGACUGGGUUGACUGUAUUUAGGCUGCUUACCAAACAGAGUGCCUGGGUUUGGGUGCAGGCUAAUGCCAGACUCAUCUACAAAAACGGCCGGCCUGAUUUUAUCAUUGCCUCUCAAAGAGUUCUCAUGGAUGAAGAAGGAGAAGAGACCUUGAAGAAACGUAGCCUCAUGCUUCCCUUCAGCCUCACCACAGGAGAGGCUGUACUGUAUGACAUGAACCUGUCCAAGUCCUUUAGCGGCACUCCCUCCGGCCAGGAAUCUAUUGCAUCUGUUACUCCAGGAGACGGUAACCAACAGAAACUCCCUGGUGGACUAGAUCCCAACUCUCUCCUGGGCUCCAUGAUGAAACAAGAUGAGUCUAUCUAUGUAUGCCCUUUAGGUUCAGAUGACUUAAUGAGAGCUCGGGACCCCAAGGAAGAGGAGGAGGAGCUUGGUGGGAUCUUUUCUAGUAACUGGCAAAAGAACAUUCUUUCUCUUCCUGAGACAUCGCUCUUUAAACCAGAUCCUGCCAUCAGCUCUGGAGGGGAAGAGAGCAACUGUGAGCUCACGAGCUUCAUGGGCAGUCUGGGGAUCACUCCAGAAGACUUGGAUCUUCUACAACAAGAAGAGCUGUUCCUUAACGUAGAGCUGGAUGGUCGAUAUGGCUUCAAAGACUUUACUGAUGAUGUUCUCUCCUAUGUUCAAGAGUCUCUUAGGAAGAAGGUGGACUUUGCACUUCCCAGCAGCGUUCAGGCCAAUCCGGAGGAGAGGUGUGUCCCUAGUAUUGCACCUCAGUCACAUCCUCCAUCACAGCCAUCACUGAGCCCAUGGUCACAGGGUCAGCAGCUUUUUUUACCUAGUCCUUUAAUGUCACAGUCCCAGCAACACCACUCUUCUUUUCUUGCCAAGCCUUCAGAGCCAAAGAUGCAGCCGUUUAUACUAAAGCAGUCCCAUUCACAACCUCAGCAAUCCUCUUCUAUGCAAAAUCAUCAGGGGUCUCUUCAAGCACAGUCUCAUCUGUACAAACAGCCAAGCUUAACACCACAUGGACUUCAGUUGAAUCCACAAGAGCAGUCACCUCAUCCAGUGAACCACAAGCAUGUAUACCAACCUGAGCACUCAUGCUUCUUUAAUCCUGAGAAGGAGGUGUAUCAUAGACUGAAGCACACUGAGGUGAAUGGCAGUGGCAGUGUUUCUCUUACAGAGGGCAGCUCCAUUAACCAGCAGCUUCCAGCUGUCUUACAGUCUGGAUUGCAGCAACCUGGAAGCUUUUACCUGGAAUCCAACCAUUUGCAUCAGGGACUUCCUUAUAUGAGCCAAUUAAAUACUGUGUCCAUGAACUGCAGCCAGGAACUUCCUCCCUCCUACAUUCCUACUGGGCACUCACAUGUCAGUGAGUAUCUGGAGGAGCUGCUAACCUGCUUGGAUACUGUGGAUCAGGAGAAGCAUGGGCGGUCUGGAGAGCACCAGGGAGGAAGUCAUCCUCUCUGUGCACAGUCUAGCCUCAAUCAUAGAAUGCUCCAGCAGCCAUACAUGGGCCAGAAUGGUGCACUCGGAGAUCUGCAGGGAAGCUUAGAAGAGGAUGGUAUCGGCGGCCUCGCAGCACAGCCUCCUCAGCAGAAUUCUUGCGACAGCAGGCCCCACCCAGACCUGUCCAUGGGAUACAUGUGAACAUACAGCACGAGGAGCUCACAGCCUAGCAGUGCUCAAGCUAGGAGACGUGAGGAUGAGAAGCUCAGUCAGGACUUUACACAGAGCAGUAAUAAAGAAAAAGAAUAGAACUAGAGGGAGUAGGAGUGGGAAAUGGGAAGAGUGUGUAAGAGGUGCUGAGCAACAGCAGACAAGGCAAUGUAAGAAAAUACCUGAGUGAAUAUGUGAAAUAUUAUCCUUUGUGUCCGAUUAACUGAGCUGUGAUUUAACCACAGUCAGAUCCAUCCAGUGAAUAGAGGUAUCCCUGUGUGUGUGUGUGUGUGUGUGUGUGUGUGUGUGUGUGUGUGUGUGUGUGUGUGUAAUAAUCCUAAGCGUUCUUCUGAGUGAACAUGUCUCUCUCGUUCGCUUUUCAUUUGAAUCAUUGUCAAGUUGAUUUCUGUCGUCACACCUGUAUACAGUGGUCCGAUCUGUUCCUCCAGGACCACGAUAGAAACGAAACAACACAACACAACAGAGUGUGGUACAUAGGCUUACAUAAAGUCCAAAAUAUGCACUGUGUGUGUGUGUGUGUGUGUGUGUGUGUGUGUGUGUGUGUGUGUGUCUGCGUGUGUCUGCGUGUGUCUGCGUGUGUCUGCGUGCAUGCUUGCCUGCACGUGUGUGUGUGUGUGUGUGUGUGUGUGUGUGUGUGCGCGUGUGUGUGUGUGUGUGAGACAAUGCACUUAUGGUACAAAAGGCUAAAGCACAUCAUUUUCCAUUAUACUAUGGAAACUAAUUAGGUUUUUAAUAUGCAAUCUGAUUUAAUGUUAUUAAUUUACUUCUGAUGUGGACUGCUGUGUUUCAAAGUUGUUUUUUUGUUUUUUGUUUUGUUUUUUUUGAGAUAGUCCAGGCCAAAUAUUUGUUAAAGAUAUUUUUUAAAUUGUGAAUUUUUAUUCCUGUACACUGUGAUAUUUUUUUCUACAAAGCAAGCGACAAUCACACUUCUGCAGUAUUUUGCAUUGUACAGUUAGUGGCAGAAUUACGCUGCUUCACCUAAAUCAUGAACGCGAAUAACGGAAGUGAAUUUGAGAUUAUUUACCAAGGUAUAUUUGUGGUAUUUCCUCAGCACUGUCGAUAUGAAUAUGCAUCGGCAGUUGGAUAUAAGAUAAUAUAAGGAUCAUCUGAGAAUCCUAUAUAUUUGACAAUCAUCUUAGCAGUUUGUUUUAUACAGUAAUUUAACACUUUGUAAUCUGUUGCACUUUGGAUAAACCUGUUGUUAAAACAUGCUAACACAUGUAGCACUUCCGUACAGGCAUCUGUGAGUUUAGCCAGUGGCUUGUAUGUGCAGUAGGUAUGAGAGGAAACAUAACGUUCUUAGCACACUCAUCCGCAGUACGUGCUUUAUCCUGUCCCAGGAACACUUGGUCCAUCACAGGACAGCAUGUACGCGUAUAGAGUAGCGACUCCACUGACAUAUUUUGUUGGAGAGGGGAAGAAACUCCGGAGGACAUGGAAAACAUGCAAAACAUCUCAAAGACAUUAACCCGAGCUCAGGAUCGAACUGUGGACCCUGGAGCUGUGAAACAGCAUCAACUACCUGCUGCACCACCCUACCACCCCUCUAUGUAUCCAGAGACAUGAACACCGAAUUGAAUCUUUGGCAUUCUUUUAAUUAACAGGCAGUAUUUGUACUGCAUUUCUUCGGAUGACCAUUGUAUUAAUGUGUUAUUGUAUUAAUUAAAUAAUGCAAAUGAAUUAAACCAUACAAAUAUUGGUGUAAAUUA